AUGAUUCUCAAGAAGAAGGUGACAACUUGGCAAAUGUGGCAAAGUCUUGAAGCCCUGUUUCGUGACAACAAAUAUUCUAGAGCCAUCCAGUUAGAUAAUGAGCUUAACAUCUCUAUGGGAACCGCUCUGAGUCUCAUGAAUUACUGUACAAGGAUCAAAACCAUUGCUGAUCUUCUCGAUAAUAUUGAUGCUGCUGUUCCAGAAAAGAAUCUUGUCACAUAUACCAUUAACGGUCUUAGUUCUUAUUUUGAUCACGUUACUCUUCUCAUUCGACACACAUCCUUGCUUCCAACUCUCUUGGAAACACGAUCAAAGCUCAUGGUGGAAGAACAAAGAAUGAAUUUGCUUCAAAGUCAUCAAAAUCCACAUAACGAUAACUCAUUGUUUUCUGUGGCGCUUAUUUUUGAGCAUUCCAGCAAUUCAUCUCACAACUAUCGAGGUGGUUUCAACUAUGGCGGUCGUUUUGGUGGCAGAGGACGUGGUCAUAACAGUCGAGGUGGUGGCAGAAACAAUCCUUCCAUGCAGAUUCCGGCUGGAUGGGGGUAUGGAUGGUACCCUCUGAACUCGUCUUCUAAGUCUUCAAACUCAGCACCUGGACUGCUUCCAAGCCCAAUCAAUGUUGGACCCAUCUCCAGCUCAUUCUCGUAG